CCCUUCCAGUCCGGACACUUUCACCCCCUUCCAGUCCAGGCCAAUUUUCAGUUUUCAGCGCUAUCACACUUUGAAUGACAAUUGUGCGGUCAUGCAACACUGUACCCAUAUGAAUUUUUUAGCAUUUUUUUUGAGACAGAUAAAACUUUAUUUUGGUGGUAUUUAUUCACCACUGGGAUUUUUUUUUUUUUUGCUAUAUAAAUCAAAAUGUCCAAAAAUUUUGAAAAAAAGUGUUUUUCUUAUAAAAUUUUGCAAAUAAAUAAUAUUUCAUCAUAGAUCUUGGCCAAAAUUUAUUCAGUUUUUUUAUAUAUUAUUAUUUAUGUUGUUUUUUGGGGUUUUUUUUCACAUACUGUCACCCUAG